AUGGUUGUGGCUGCAAAUGGGAAAAAAGUCCAUAAAGUAGGCAAGAGACUCACGCGCGGCAAACAACUUAGCGAAGAACAAGCAGUCGAAAUCAGAAAGCUACGCUUACGGAGACUUCAAAGAAUCAAGAAGCAAAAAGCUGACCGAAUGAUUACAAGAAUGCUAGGGAAAUUGAGUAUGAAUCCAACUAUUGAGAAGAAAAGAAAAAGAACAAUCAACCGACGAAGCGAGAAAGUGAUUUCAAGAGUCUGGGAUCAAUUUCAUAAUGUUUUUAUUUCGAAGGGUUAUAGUCAAAAUGUUGUUUAG